CUUCCCUCGAAUUCGAAUUUGCUUUAUUUAUACUUGCGUACAGGUUACCCAAUUUGGACACGACGCAAAGACACAUAUGAUCCGGGCACUUACCGCCCAGCGCCUAUUCCCGCACAGUCACGUUCUCGCGCCGGCGGGCAUGUAUAGAUGCGCCGCAUCGACAGGCUUCUCGGCAAGAGCAUACGCCACCGACUCAGAGGACGCCAAAAAGUCGGCGAAUCUCUACUCACACACUCUGAAGCUGCCAAAAACUGAGUUCCCCUUGCGAGCAGACGCAGCCCGCCGUGAAAAACAGUUCCGGGAACGCUGCACAGACACGCUUUACGAGUGGCAGCUCAAAAACAAUACAGGCUCGCAGUUUAUCCUUCAUGACGGCCCGCCUUACGCCAACGGUGACUUGCACAUUGGCCAUUUUAUGAACAAGGUUCUAAAGGAUAUUAUUAAUAGAUACCAGGUUAUGCAGGGCCGGCGCGUGUUGUACAUACCGGGAUUCGACGGACAUGGAUUGCCGAUUGAGCAAAAGGCAUUGGCUUCGUUGAAGGGCCGGGAGCACGAUUCACUCGAUCCCAUGGAGAUCAGAAGGCUGGCACGCAACUUUGCCAUGAAAGCAGUCAGCCGACAGACAAAGAGCUUCCGGGAUUAUGCGGUAAUGGGUGACUGGGCCAAUCGGUACUUGACGCUGGACCCCGCGUACGAAGCGAACCAGCUAGAAAUCUUUAAAACAAUGGUUGAGUGUGGUUAUAUUUACCGCCAGAACAAACCCGUGUAUUGGUCGCCGUCGUCGCGCACUGCACUGGCCGAAGCCGAGCUGGAGUACAACGAGGAGCACGUUAGUACUAGCGUAUACGUCAAGUUCCCGCUUACUGGCGAGUCUGCGGCUCGCCUCGGUACAGAGGGGAAAGUUGAUUUGUUGAUUUGGACAACCACGCCAUGGACGCUCCCAGCCAACUCUGCGAUCGCAAUGAAUCCUGAUAUGGACUACGCUCUUGUGCGUGUCACUGAGGGCCCGGGUUCCGGGUUUAAAUGCCACCAGCUGGUUGUCGGAAAGAGCAGGCUUGCCGCAAUAACUGACAUUCUGCCUGCAGAGUCCAGCACCAAAAUGCUCCGUGAGUUCAAGGGCCGCGAGCUGGAGGGACUUUUGUACACCAGCAUCUUGCGCAACAAGGUCUGCCGGGUGCUUGCCGCGGAUUAUGUCACAGAAGAUGCAGGCACUGGUCUGGUCCACACUGCACCGGGGCACGGAAAGGAUGACUACGACUUGGGGAUGGCCAACGGAAUCGACGCGUACUCGCCGGUUGACGACCACGGCCGGUUCACCAGCGAAGCUGGUGCAGCGUUUGAAGGAAAGGACGUUCUGAGCGACGGAACCGCGGCGGUCAUCGACAUGCUGACUGUGUCCGGCGCGCUUCUUGCGCAAUGCAAGCUCACGCACAGCUACCCGUACGACUGGCGCACAAAGCAGCCGAUCAUUCAGCGCGCGACCCCACAGUGGUUUGCUAAUGUCAGGGAUCUCAAGGGCGCCGCCUGGAGCUCAGUCGAUGAUGUGCUGAUCGUUCCUGAGUCGGGCAGGCGCAGGCUGAAGGCCUUUGUGACCGGUCGCUCCGAGUGGUGCAUUUCGCGGCAGCGCGUGUGGGGAGUGCCCAUCCCCGUGCUCUACAACACACGGACGGGCGAGCCCCUUUUGACCUCCGAGUCGAUUGACCAUAUAAUCCAGGUCAUUCGGACCAACGGCGGCUCCGAUGCCUGGUGGAAGUUGCCAGUCGAGGACUUUUUACUCCCCGAGUAUCGCGAAGGGGGUGAUACUUUUUCUAAGGGCGCCGAUACGAUGGAUGUGUGGUUCGACAGCGGCAGCUCAUGGAAGCUGCUUGAGGACAAGGUUGAAAGCCGCGAGGGCGCGUAUGCUGACAUGUACCUCGAGGGCAGUGACCAACACCGGGGUUGGUUCCAGUCGUCGCUUCUGACUUCAAAUGCUGUGCGCAAUGUGGCCCCUUACAAGGCGCUGGUAACGCACGGGUUUACUCUGGACGAGCACGGUCGCAAGAUGUCAAAGUCGAUUGGCAACACGCUGGCGCCCAGCCUGGUCAUAGAGGGUGGCAAAGACAAGAAGAAGGAGCCUGCGUACGGCGUUGAUCUUUUGCGGCUGCUGGUUGGAUCUACGGACUAUACCAGUGACGUGAGCUUUGGGCCGACGAUAUUUGCUGGCUUCAGCGACAAUAUCCGCAAGAUCCGAGGAACAGUGCGCUUUAUGCUUGGAAACCUCGACGGCUUUGUGCCCGAGAUGGCGGUUUCUUACGAGCAGAUGCCAAGCAUCGACCGGUAUAUGCUGCACGAGCUGCGCCAGUUCAAGCAGGGCGCCAAGCGCUCGUUCGAUAGCCUUGAGUUUUUCCGUGCGAUGCAGGCGCUCAACAACUUCACCAACACUACGCUAUCGGCCUUCUACUUUGACAUAAGCAAGGACCGGCUGUAUGCGAGCAGCACAAGCGACCUCGAGCGGCGAUCGGCGCAGACCGUACUUUACUACACACUGAUCAACUACACCACGGUGCUUGCACCCGUGACGUGCCAUCUGGCCGAGGAGGUGUGGGAGUUUUUGGGGCCUGUGCGCAAGGCUUUUGGUCACGAGUCAUUUAGUGUGUUCCAGGAGCAGUGGGACCAGACCAGCGAGUCAUGGGACAGUCCGACCCUGGCCGAGGAAUGGGCAGUGCUGCGCAAGAUCCGCGGCCUGGCCAACCGCGCAAUCGAGGCGGCACGCCAGGGAAAGGUCAUCGGCAGCUCGCUGGAGGCAGAGCUGGAUAUAUACGUGCCGCUUGGCUCGCGCCUUGGCCAGCUGCUCAAGGCGCAUGAGAGCGAUCUCAACCAAAUAUGCAUUACUUCAAGAGCUGAGGCGCAUGAAAGGGCUGAUGUGGUUGACAUACCAGCAUUAGAGGGCGAAUUCUCCCAGGCGGACGAGAUCGCUGCGUUUGGCACAGAAACUGGCGUUAAGGUCGUAUGCCGCCGGUCGUCUCUGCAAAAGUGCCCACGGUGCUGGAACUUCCAUUCAACAGCGGCCAAUGUUCUUUGCAGGCGUUGCGACAUUGCCGUGGCCGACUUGGCGUAGGCAACAGCUGCAUAAACUAUUCGAGCUUGCAUGGGCUGAGCUGCAUGCAAGUCUUUUUUAAGUCGUUCUUUUUUCCGCACUCACAAUUGAACCAGAAAUAAAAACCCUGGGACAUAUAUUCAGGUGAAAUCAAAU